UUAAUUUUUCUCAUUUAUUGGCAAUGCCGCCGGCAACGAAAAUUAUCAAAAAAGGGUGAUCUUUGAACAUCAAAACCCUAUCAAAAACCCUGCACUUUCUUGAACCUCAACUUCCAUGGUUUUCUAAAGAAACCUAAAUCUCACAGUCCAUUUUAAUACUGUAAAAAUGUCAGCUUCUAGAUUGUUCUUUCUUCUCGGAGCGUCUAUUGUCCGAAACCAUAAUAAGCCUACAAACACCUUUACUACAUUCUCUUCAAUUCGAUUCACUAAGCCAUUGCUUUCCCCUGUUGUACGGUUCCGCAGGUACAAUUGUACUUCAGCUACACUUGAGACCAAUACAAUCGAACCAGUGGUCAAUACUAGGAAUCAUCCUUGGCCUGAAUGGGUAGCUUUCGUGGACCGUUUGAAAAGCAAAGGAUACUUCACUGAAAGUAAGAGAGAAGAUGGCGAUGCGAGUAUUUAUACGGAUAUGACUCUAUUAAAAGAUGCUUGUCUUAACUUCUCUCGCGACCGUUCCGACAUUUUUAAAAAGUUGUCCAACCAAGAUAUGCAGACAGUUGUGGAAAAGGGCUGCCCUAAUCUAUUCAGGAAGGUCGUUAACUCGGGGAAAAGGCUAAGGCUGCAUCUAAACCUUGAUGAAGGAGAGGUAUGCGGUGCUUGCAUUCUCCGUGGAUCAUGUGAUAGGGCUUACUUGAUAUUGAAGGAUGAUGAGGGUGUUGCACGUACAGUAGAUAUUGUGCGAGUCUUGCUUAUCUAUGCCUUAGAUCCUGCCAUUAUCUCAAGCGGAGCAAUGUCUCCUGGUAGAGAGCUUAUUGAGGUAUCUUCAAGAAAAUUGCUCUCAGAGUUGGUUGAAUUAAGUGAAACGCCUUUUGAUCCUGAGCAUCCAAGACCUGCUCCCAAGGCCUCUCCACAUAAAAAACAGUCUCUUCGUUCAAGAAAGGAUGGUCAGGAAAAUGUUCAAAUGAAAAGAAGAGAUUCAAUUGGUCUUGAGGGAGAUAAAAAAGAUUCUAAUGUUGAUAUGAAGCAAGGAGAUUGGAUCUGUUCGCAGUAAGUUCUCAGUUACUUUGCCUUGUGUGUUUGUGUUUUACCUGUAUGUUUGAUAUGCAC